AAAUAUAUGAAAGCUUGCAUUUUAUUAUUUAUUCUUGCAUCAAUAUGCAGCUAAUAAAAAAUUCAUUAAAAUUUUCAAAUUUCUUAAUUUCAACAUAUUGUAGUAUUAUUAUAUUUGUUUGUUUAAUAAGCAAUGUCACAAUAACAAAUGGCUCAUCGAUUAUUUAUGAUCCAGGACUUUUGAAUGGUGAUUACAUGUCUAGACGCUCUGGUGCUGUAACUUAUAUUGGUGACAAUGAAAAAUCAUGUGUUCCUUGUAGUACUGUUACCAAUACAGUGUCCAAGACCAUAUUAUCACUAAUUAUUGAACUGGAUAAUAUUGUUAAAAAUCAUUGUAAUCCUGAUAAUCAUAUGAAAAAUCGUUUAUUUCAUGAACGAAAAAAUCUACAAAGUUUUUCAUUUAAAUAAUAUAUAUUUAUCUAACAAUUAAUUGAUGAUUUACUUGUUGUUUUUAUUUUCAAAUUUUAUGUACAUACAAGUAUAUAAACAAAAUAUAAAUUGAAAAAUAAAUUAAAGCGUCAAGUCGCUAACUGCAUUAUACAAUUGUAUAUCAAUCAAAUAAAUAAAACUCAUCACAAAAACUGCACAUAAAAUUUUAUAUUUAGUUUAGUAUACAUACAGCUCCUACCUUGAGAUUGUUGACUUUUUGUUGAAACAAUGAAACAAUUCAUUUCAAUAAAUUUUCUAUUUGUUAUUUUAUUAUUAUUAACUUUUUCUAAAUUGAUUGAUAUUUUUUUUGUAUCUAUAUGUAUAUAAAAAUAAAAAUAAUAAUCAAUCAAUUGAUGACAUUAAUAAAAAAUCAUGUAUUUCUUGUAUAUAUACUACUCUUGAUAAUUCAAUUUAAAAAAAAAACAAUACUUUCAUUAGCAAAUGGACUCGUUGAUAUUACAAAUAAACACUGUGCAAAAAGAUCAUCAUUUUCAAAUGAAAAAUCCCAAGCUAAGUAUAUUUAUAAAUAAUAAAAAUUUUAAAUUUUACUUAUCGUAAAAAUAUAUUGGAUAAUUAUUAUUUUUAAAAAUUACACCUCAGAGCCUCUAACGGAUAUUUAUUUUUUUUUCUCCUUAGCAAUAUGUGUGUGUGCGUAUGUGUGGUAUGCACACACACAACAGUUGUCAAGUUGUCAAAAAUCAAGAUACGUCAAAAUACUCUACGACCAUAUGAUAACAACUGUCAAAAAAAAAUAUAUAUUUAGAUUAAUAAUAAACAUCAAAAAAGAGUUUUAAAUUUUUCCAUAAAAAUAAUAUCAAUAAUAAUAUAGGUAAGUUGUUGUUGUUGUUGUUUAGAAUAAAAUCAAUAAAUUUAAUGACUUUACACACACCGGUAUGAUGUAAAAAUGCAGCUGAUCAAUCAAUUAGACAUGAAAAUAAUUGUCUUAGUAAGAAAAUAUAAAAAAACAUUUAAAAAAUGAAUAAUUAAUUAAUGAUGAUGAUGAGUUGUUCUGUUGAAUUACGACAAAGAAGACAGUCGGGGAUGACGGAGGAUCCUCAUAAACUUGCUGCAAUAAUGAACAAAUCACAAAGAAUGAUACUUGGUUUAUUGAUACUUUUAUUGGUUGAUAUUAUUUGGGUGUCAAGUUCAAAAUUAACACAAUAUAUUUAUAAAGAUGCAACAUUUGAUAAACCAUUUUUUAAUACAUAUGUUAAUACAUCAAUGUUUACAUUGUACUUGUUGGGAUUAUGUUUUUGGUCACCAUGGAGAGAACGAUGCACAAAACCAUCAUCAGCAUAUACUUUUAUUGAUCCAAAUGUUGAUGAUGAUAAUUUUUAUACAGAUACAAAUACAAAUUUAAGUGAUUCAACAUUUGUACCAAUUAAAAAAUCAGAUCAAUAUAAUAAUGUUUCAUCAAAUGACACUGAGAGUGAUGAUUCAUCAAUAAAUAAAUCAGUUAGAUUUAGUAAAGUUGCUGAAGUACGUCAUAUGUCUGAGAGUGAUGCCACCGAGGCAUUAUUAGCUAGAUUAAGCUAUCAAGCGACAAUUAGAGCUGAUGAAUAUGCACGUAAACAAGCACAUAAAUUUACAAUUAAAAAAAUUGCAAAAAUAUCAUUUAUAUAUUGUUUAUUAUUAUUUUUAACAAAUUAUACAUAUGAAUUAUCAUUAAAAACGACAGAUAAAUAUAUUGUUACAAUAUUAUCAUCAACUUCAAGUUUAUUUACACUAUUAUUGACAAUAUUUUGGCCGAGUAAUAAUGGUGAUAAAUUUACAUUGACAAAGCUAAUAUCAAUUGUAACAAGUAUAUGUGGUCUUGCUUUAAUAGCUCUUGCUAAUAAUGAAAAUAAUAAUAAUUCAACAACAACAACAACAAGUGGUAUUAUAUUAUCAUUAACAAGUGCAUUUUUUUAUUCAACAUAUUUAGUAUUUAUUAAAAAAAAAGUUGAUCAUGAAGAUCGUAUGGAUAUUCCAAUGUUUUUUGGUUUUGUUGGUUUAUUUAAUAUAUUAUUAUUUUGGCCAAUAUUUUUUAUACUUGAUUAUGGACAUUGGGAAAUUUUUGAAUGGCCAAAUUCACAUCAAUGGACAUAUUUAAUUGUCAUGGCACUUGUUGGAACAGUAUUUAGUCAAGUUUUAUGGCUAUGGGGAUGUUUUUUAACAACAUCAUUAAUAACAACACUUGCAUUUAGUAUGACAAUGCCAAUGUCAAUGAUUGCUGAUGUAUUACUUAAAAAAAUUAAAUAUUCAUUAGUUUUUUAUCUUGGAUUAAUACCAAUGAUUAUUGCAUUUAUAACAAUAUCAUUAUUGUCACAUUAUGAUAAUUGGGAUCCUGUUUUUGAUGUUUUUAAAAAUAUAUACAAAAAAAUAUUUCAAAAAAAUUCAACAACAGUAACAAGAAUACCAGAUUUUGAAGCUGAACAAACUGAAUCAUUAAUUAGUAUCAAUAAUAGUGAAGAUCACGAGGCUUGAAAUAUUCAAUAUGCAUUUACAAAAUAAAUUAAAAAUCAUCAACAACAACAUUAUUUAUUAUAAACUAAUUAUAUAAUGAUGAAUUGUGAUCAAAGAAAAGUGUUGGGGCAUAUAUCAAUAGUACACUUGAAUCAUUUUAAUAUGUGUGUACUUAAUUUACAUUUACAAUCAUCAUCUUUCUUUAUAUAAUAAUUUAAGACACCACAAGUGAGAUAUUUUUAUGAUUUAUCAAUAAGUCUUUGUUAAAAAUAUAUAGUAUAAAAAAAAACGUACUUAAUUGAACAAAAAAAAAAAAAAAAUUUUGACCAAAUAUACUUAGAUGUCUUAGAUAUCUAGUCACUUUGAAAAUUAAAAAAAAAAAAAAGAAAAUGCAUCUUUUAAUGAAUAAUGUAUUAUUAAAUAUUUUUCUAAGAAAUAAUUCAAAGUGAAGAUAUAAAUUCUAUGUAAAUUGAUAAUAUCAAUAAUAUUAAAAAUUUUUAAGACUGCUUAUAAUUUUCAUCUUCCUGAUAAUUAAAUUAAAUUUGAAAAAAAAAAAAACAACAACAACAAUUUGCGCACAAAAAUGAAAUGAAAUUAAUAAUAAAUUCCAGAAUUAAUGAUUCUUCUUUGUCAUUAACAUAGUGUAUAACUAUAUUAUAAUUUUGUGAUAUAAAAAAAAAUUUAAUGAUCUAUUAUAUCUAAUUAUUGGUAAAUUGUUUACAAAUAAAAUCUGUAUAUUUAUUGUACAUAUAUUAUAUUAAAUAUUAUAAAUAAAUGUCCAUAUUAUAUUGUUAAAAAAUAAAUAAAUAAAUAAAUGGAAAAACACAUUGAA